UCGCGGAGCAGCGCCAGUGUUGCGCAGCAGUCGGAGCCGUCUGUCGCCCGGGGAGGACGCGUCCGCCCGCCCGCCCGCCUGACGCGCCGCACCGCGCAACCGUCCGGCUUGGCCUGCACCGAGACCCUCAGCCCAGCAGCGCCGUGCACACACAGCCAUGAGCGGCUGCCGCGUCUUCAUCGGGAGGCUGAACCCGGCCGCCAGGGAGAAGGAUGUGGAGAGGUUCUUCAAGGGUUACGGCCGCAUCCGCGACAUCGACCUGAAGAGGGGCUUCGGAUUCGUGGAGUUUGAGGAUCCGAGAGAUGCAGACGAUGCUGUCUAUGAAUUGGACGGAAAAGAACUUUGCAGUGAGAGGGUGACCAUUGAGCAUGCCAGAGCACGCUCGAGGGGCAGAGGCAGAGGGAGGUACUCUGACCGGUUCAGUAGCCGCCGCCCGCGCAGUGACAGGAGAAACGCCCCACCCCUAAGAACAGAAAAUCGCCUCAUAGUGGAAAAUUUGUCUUCUCGAGUCAGCUGGCAGGAUCUCAAAGACUUCAUGAGACAAGCUGGGGAAGUAACCUUUGCAGAUGCACACAGACCUAAGUUAAAUGAAGGGGUGGUUGAAUUUGCCUCUUACAGUGAUUUAAAGAAUGCUAUUGAAAAGCUUUCUGGUAAAGAAAUUAAUGGAAGGAAAAUCAAGCUAAUCGAAGGCAGCAAAAGGCACAGUAGGUCCCGGAGCAGGUCACGGUCGCGCAGCAGGAGCUCGUCCGGCUCUCGCAGCCGCUCCCGGUCCCGCAGCCGCAAGUCCUACAGCAGGUCACGGAGUAGGAGCCAUAGCAAGUCACGAUCAGUCAGCAGGUCUCCACUGCCAAACAAGAGCCAGAAACGGGCUUCUUCCAGUAGAUCCAAAUCUCCCUCAUCCGUAGAUCGGCAGAGAUCUAGAUCCAGGUCCAGAUCUGUUGACAGUGGCAACUGAACUCUAAGUAACUUGCCCUGGGGGCCCUUUUUUAAACCAUACUUGCUAAAACUUGUGGUAAGUAUGUGACUUUCUGUGGGGAAGGGUUUGAAUGGGGAGGGGGGAGGGAGGGGCGAUCUUUGUAGAUGUGGACCAUGGUGGGAAGGGUUAUUGACUAAUUGUAUUAAAUGUUUUUUGAUAACCCUUUUCUUGCUCACAUUUUUUUGUGAAUGUCUGAAGUGUAUAGUUUGUGUAUAUUGGCAGAGCUCUUUAUAACUAAA